AUGAAGAAGGGGAUCGUUGUCUUCUGUUUCUCUGUUUUUUUCUGUCUCUCUUUUGCUGCUGCAGCAGAGCAGCAGCUGCUGCUGCAGGGAAAGGAGACACCUGACGAGGAGACAACUGCAGCAGCACAGUCUCUCACUGCUGCAGCAGCUGCAACAAGUUUUGCGAACCUCAGCAGCAGCAGCAGCAGCAGCAGAAGCAGCAGCAGCAGCAGCAGCAGCAGAAGCAGCAGCAGCAGAAGCAGAAGCAGAAGCAGCAGCACAAGCAGCACAAGCAGCAGCAGCAGACGCAGACGCAGAAGCAGCAGCAGCAGCAGCAGAGGGGAUGCUCCUGCAGCAGCAGCAGCAGCAGCAGCAGCAGCAACAACAGCAGAAAAAUUUUUGUUGUGGGUUGCUGCUGUCUCUAGGGAGUUUGCUGCUACAGCGAGGCGGCUGGAGCUGUGGUCUCCGCUGCUGUAUAAGAAGAGCAGCAAGACAGCAGCAGCAGCAGCAGCAGGAGAAGCAGCAGCAGCAACAGCAGCAGCAGAAGCAGCAAGAGACACGAGAGAAACACAAGAAGCACAGGAGACAGAGAUAAAGAGGAGGUCAGAGGAGACAGAUGUAGCGUUGAGGCGGUGGGUGUGGUUGCUGCUGCAGACGAAGCAGCAGCAGCAGCACCAGCAGCAGCUGCAGCAGCAGCUGCAGCAGCAAUGGGAUGCCCCUAUAGCAGCACCUUUUGGUGUCUCCUCUGACGAAGCAAGAAAGGCAAGGGGAGCAGCAAUUGCUGCUGCUGAGCAGCUGCUGCUGCUGCAGUCUGUGUAUACUUUUUCUGCUGCUGCUAGACAGCUGCUGCUGUCUCCUUUUUCUCCUUAUUCUUCUCCCCCUAAACUAGGUGACCUUGGUGAGGCAAUGGAGGGGUUGCAGCAGCAGCGAGAAGCAGCAGCAGCAGCAGCAGCAGCAGCAGCAGAAAAAGGAGACACUGCGUCUCUCGAUCAUCUCAAAAAGACAGAGGCUGCUGCAGCAGCAGCAGCAGCAACAAUACAGACAGAAGCAGAACUAAACGCGAGGGUCUCUCUAGGGUAUCUUGCUGCUCUGCAUGAGCUGCAUGCACGUGCUGCUGCUGCUGUCUCCCAGCAGCAAAAGGCCCCAGUAAGAGAAGCAAUACAACAGUGGAAGGAGACACUUCGUCAGGCUGAGGAGACACUGCACCGUCUCCGUUCUCUGCCUCCUGUGCAGGCCCCAGCAGCAGCAGCAGCAGCAGCAGAAACACCAGCAGCAGCAGCAGCAGCAGCAGCAGGAGAAACACCAGCAGCAGCAGCAGCAGGAGAAGCAGCAGCUGCAGCAGGAGAAACACCAGCAGCAGCAGGAGAAACACCAGCAGCAGCAGGAGAACCAGCAGCAGCAGAAGCAGCAGCAGCAGGAGAAGCAGCAGCAGCAGGCGAACCAGCAGCAGCAGCAGGCGAACCAGCAGCAGCAGCAGGAGAACCAGCAGCAGCAGGAGAAGCAGCAGCAGCAGGAGAAACACCAGCAGCAGCAGCAGGAGGAGAAAGAGAGACAGCAAGAGCACACAUAACAAUACGCCCACACCCAAAAGGAGACAGCAGCAACACCCCACAGCUGCUGUCUCCGCGGGGAUCGCUCGCAGGAGACGAUCCCCAGCAACUGUCUCCUUUUACACUCAUAAGGGGAGAGGAGACACCCCCCCCCUCACCAGCAAGAAGAAGGAGAAAGGAGACAAGGCCCCACACACCAACACCAGCAGCAGCACCAGCAGCAGGAGCAGCAGCAGCAGCGGGAGAGGAUAUACCUCUCUCACCAGCAGCAGCAGCAGCAGCAGCAGCAGCAGCAGCAGCAGCAGCAAGAGAGGAGACACCCCGCCCUAGGUCCCCGCAAAGAGACAGACCCAGAGACCUUCGUCUCCUCACCAAACACUAA